AUGGCGCGAGUACCUGAUAAACGACCUCAUUCACUAAAAAGCAGAGAGGGGCCGACGAAGAAGACCAAGUUGUCCCACUGCGACUCAGGCGAGGUAACAUCAGAGAGCAGUGGUCGUCGGCGUGCCCGGGACGCAUCAGUCAUCGACGCCGGACCUGUCUGCGGGAACAGCAUCUCGGAACCGAUAUGCAUUCUAAGUUCUGAUGAAGAUGAAGAGCUUCCACCCCCAAAGACGUCAGCGACAAAUGCUAAGCGCACUGCGGCCUCACUGCCAACAUCAAAUGCUGCCGCUUCAGAGUCUACUUUUCCAAGAGCUACGACACCCGUCAAACCAUAUGAUGUAUGCUUCGGGAUGCUUCUCGUGCAGGCUACGUGCACUGAAGAUGCGACUGUGCCUUCUGAAUGUUCGCCAGUCACGCUGGGGUUUGAAGGGAGACUUCUUAGGGUGUACCCAAAAGACUCGAGUGAGCGCAUUGCGGUCGUAUUUUCUCACGCACUGUUUCGCUUGGUCAACGAGUUCGCCGUCACCUUGACAGCCACCGCGUGCGGGAGAAGGCAGCGAGUGUUUGAUGCCUCAGAACGGGCCAUGGCCAAGAUAGGCGGCAUGAAAGUCUGCUCUCUCAGGAUAAUCUGUUAUGGAUUUCUUCAGCAGAGCCACGAUGUUGCAGAUAUACUCGCAAAGGGUGAUCUGUUCCUUCAACACCCUGGUCCAGCCGAGGUCGACAGAGCAGUGAAGUACCUGAAUCCCCAGUAUCUCCUCCCGCCUGGCGAAGAUUUCCCUGAUAUUGAGAAACUCUCUAUUUACAGCUGCUGUUCCGGAGGGGGAGCUAGAUCCAGCGCGUCGCGGGAUGAACUUGGGGAACAUGAGCAAAGCCAGAUCUUUAAAAUUUUCAACACGGCCUACGAAGAGAAAGGAGUGAUGGCGAUGAUUGAACCAAGCCCACGAUUGGUCACAACGUUGAAGAGACACCAGAUUGAGGCACUUGUCAUGAUGGUAGAGAAAGAAGCGGGUGUAGCUGUUCGUUAUGACGCGUCCCCAGCCAAUUGCUGGUGGAAUACUUGCAGAUGUACUGUAGAGCUCUCAAUGACACCCCCAAGCAUCCAAACUGACUUGUCGAAGGAAAUGGGUCUGGGGAAAACCCUUUCGGCUCUUUCACUCAUCUGCCAUUCCCUGGAUCAAUGGGAGAAAGACCCAAGCUUGACCCAGGGCAUGCCAAAAACUACGCUCAUCAUCACUCCCAAGUCAACUAUCUACGGGUGGGAGGCGCAAAUCAAGACUCAUAUUCGCCCCAACAAGAUCCGCUGGAUCACGUACCACGGGUCGAGGCGACAUGAGGUUUGGGACGAUAUAGACUCAUACGAUAUAGUUUUGACAACAUACGACACUAUCAGAUCGGACAGGGCCAAGAGCUCUCCUCUAUUCGAAAAGGAUUGGGCCAGAAUAGUCCUGGAUGAAGGUGAGGAUCUAUCUUUGUCAGCUGGAGAUAUUCUUCCAACAACUGAUCACUCGAGAAAAGCCCACAGGAUUAGGAACCGAGGUUCUAAGAUAUUUCAAGAUGUGUGCAACCUACAGGCUGAGUCACGGUGGUGUCUGACAGGAACCCCAAUCCAAAAUUAUCUCGACGACUUUGGUUCCCUCUUGAGCUUCAUCCGGGUGCCCCCUUUUGAGACCAAGGACCAAUUCGAUAGCCACAUUGCUGAACCUGUCAAGCAGAGGAAAUGCCAAGGCCUGGAAAUGCUCAGGAAAGUCGUCGCCGCGACUUGCCUGCGCAGAACAAAGGCAGAUCACGCGAAGAUGCUGAACCUGCCGGACAAGAUACCCCAUACGGAGUGUGUUGACAUGAGCCGCAAUGACAGACAGCUUUAUCAGUUCUUCAAGCGCUUCUCAUACCUCACCGCUGGUCUCGACAAGACAUCUAAAAAGAAGGCGGCUACAAAUAUCCUGGUGCUCAUUUCUAUGCUUCGGCUCAUCUGCGAUCACGGAGAGGCACUUCUUCCGGACUCGGCCCUCACAGCCUGGAGGAAGCGAGAUGAGACCGCCCUCACUUGGGAGAUGCUUGAGUCCACCACCAAGCGGUGUGUCUCCUGCGAUUGCCAGAUCGAAGAACUAGGUGCCGCAGAAUCGCUUACCGAGGCGCUGGGAUGCGGCCAUCUCUUGUGUGGAGACUGCGCAGCAAAGUUGCGAGGCUCUGCUAGCCAGUUGCCGUGUCCCAAAUGCGGGAUUACAGCGUCCAUGUCACCUCCAGCCGAGAACAGCUCUGGUUUGCCGAUGUCUCGGACUGCAUUUGGAGGCCCUUUGAGACCACGGUACGCUCCAUCUGCCAAGGUCGAGGCACUCCUUCGGAACAUCUCAGAGAGACAACAGAGACCCGGACAAAACUCAAAGCCCAAUAAAAGCGUAAUAUUCAGCUUCUGGACCAAGAUGCUCGACCUCAUCGGGGUUGCUCUUGAAGAUAAGGGCAUGAAAUUCUGCCGGAUUGAUGGACAGGCAUCAAUGUCCCAGCGUAAACAGGCUAUAGCAACAUUUGGAAAUGAUCCAGAGUGCAACAUCAUGCUGGCGAGUAUCGGGGCAGUUGGCGAAGGGAUUGAUCUUGUCUGUGCAAACUCGGUGCACAUUAUCGAGCCCCAUUGGAACCCCAUGGCAGAAGCCCAGGCUAUCGACCGCGUUCACCGUAUCGGACAGCAACAGGAGGUCGACGUUGUGAGAUACAUUGUCAACGACUCGAUCGAACUGGUGAUGCCCCCGAGUCACGAGCAACUCAUGACAUUUAGAGUGGUCGGUGCUGACUUUUGUAUUGCUAAAACUCUUGGGGUUCCUUGA